GUACUUUUUGAAUGUUUCAUAGUUUAAUAAAGAAUAUUCAUAUCAUAUCAUGAUCGCUAUUUUUUAUUGUUACAGACAAUAUGCCGUCGUUGCUAGAAGCCCUAGAACGUAAGUAUGGCGCGAAAGGCGAAGUAAAUCCGUCUAUUGACGAUAUGCCGGUCGCUAUAUUCGUGCCUAAGCGGUCGCCACGGCUAAGCGUGCCAACGCUGCUGGUGCUUAAUGACUGCGAGAUCGACUGCGCGGGUGAAGCAAGAGGACUCGCCGACAAAUGCGCGGACGUAGUUGAACUCGAUCUUGCCAACAACAAACUCACCGAGUGGAGAGAGAUAUUCGCGAUACUUGAGCAUACACCGCGUGUUCGAUUCCUUAAUCUAAGCUUCAACCGUCUCUCAGCUCAGAUUCAAGCAGCGCAGGCACUAUAUCCUCGAUGGGAUAGUCUCAGUCACCUGGUCCUAAACUCCACAUACGUACGCUGGCCGAGUGUACACGCGCUACUCAAAGCUCUUCCAGCUCUUGAAGAGUUGCACUUGAGCCUGAAUGAGUACUCGUAUAUAGAUUUCAGCGGAAAGGACGUCAAUGAAAAGGAAAAAUGUGAAGACUGUUCCCGUCUAAAUGUGGAAGUGACAGAACCAGUUCACGAUCAGUUAAAGAAACUACACUUCUCUGGAAACCCAAUCAGUAGCUGGCGAGAAAUAUCUAAAUUAGGCUACGCAUUCCCUAACUUAGAAACGUUGUUGGUUAACGACUGUCCUAUAACGACGCUAGCGCCAGAUCCGUGCGACAAAUGUUGCGAUAGUAAUGGAAAUAAGAAAAGUCACGACGCAUUCUCGCGUCUCCGAUUUCUAAACCUUAACAACACAGACCUCUCAACGUGGGAUGAGGUGGAUCGGCUAUCAAAAUUUCCUGCUUUGAAGAGUUUACGAGCGCAAGGCUGGACUUUAUGGGAGAGAUGUGAUUCUACGGAGCACGAGAGGCGGCUGUUGAUGGUCGCGCGACUGCCACACGUGCGGACGCUCAACGGCGGCGGGGCAGUGCCGGCUGAGGAGCGAGACGCAGCUGAACGAGCCUUCAUACGGUACUACAUGGACAAGCCCGAGGCUGAACGACCAGACAGGUACUGGGAGCUCGUCCAGGUACAUGGCAAGUUGGACCCCCUCGUGUCAGUGGAUCUACGGCCGGAGAAGCGGGUGCAGAUAACCUUCACUUGCGGCGACACGAGCGAAGUUCGCACCGUCGAUGUUUACAGAACUGUGUCGGAUUUGAAGUCUCGUUUAGAGCGGCUAGCCGGCUUCCCUGCGUCCAAGAUGAGAUUGUUUUACGUAGAUCAAGAACUAAGAGACACCGAGCUUUUCCCCGGACCGGAGGAAAUGAAAAUACCCACAAAGCAACUAUACUCUUAUAACAUUAGGUCUGGCGACGAAAUAAUAAUAGAGUCCAAAUUGCAGCACUCUAUAUCAGUCAAAUCGUCCGCGUGAGACGUAAAAUAAGAUUUAAAUUGUUUCGCUGACUGAAGGUUGGUUGCAUUUCUGCAUAUAGCAUGAUCUACUUAGGAGAUAAAUCAGGAUUUUUUUUUGUAUUAAAAUACACAUAUAUUUUGUUACGUUAAAAACGUAUUAAAUUUUAUAUUCAGAAAUGCGACAAUCUUCUUUGUAAGCAACUUCCAAAUCAGACUUUUUAUGCCAUGUGACUUUUAACGUGCUAGUGAAUUUCAUUUUUAUUUGACCUUGUCCAUUGUAUUUAUUAAUUGUUCUAUGUUCAGUAUACUAACACAAGUGAGUAAUUAAUGUUUUUAGUUUUCUUUUUAUAUAAGAUAAAAAGAAAUAAGGUAAUGAUGCCUAAGAGCACAAUAUUUGACAGCCUAACUGGUAAAAAAAAACAACGAAACUGUCCUACGUUUUUACUAGAUAGUUUCCUUUUGUACAGAAAUAGGAAAAAUUAUUCUUGAAUACACUGUUUUAAGUAAAUGUGACUUAAGGCAACAUUACCUUAGUACUGUAAUCACAAUCUGAAUUUACUAUUUGUCACAAACAAUAUAAUUUUUAAGCUUUUUCGCCAGCUAAAACAUUAUACAAAAGGGAAUUACAGACUAGAUAGAUAAUAGCUAUUUACACUAUGUAUUGUAUUGCCAUUGUUUAUUUUUUCGUAGACCAAAAUCAAGCGAAAAAUGAUUUUAUUCUGUAUUUUUUUUUUUUGUAUUUGCAAUAAACAACUGUGAUAAUAAAUUUUAAUAGAUGGCUGAACUGAAACAUUACUUUAUUACUAUAUUCGUAUAUACAAAACGAUUAAGUUACGUCAUUAAAAAUAAAAACAAUUAUGUCAGCUACUUAUAAUAUGUAAAAGUAUGCUUGUUAACAAAACUUAAAGUGAUACUAACUGCCAUUUUACGAAAGUAUACCAUAUACAAUAUACGUUUAAUUAUCAACAAAAACAUAUGAACGCUGUCCUGUACUUAUCUUAAUUUUUAGUGACUAUGCCCAAAAACUGUGAUUCCUAGAAUUGCCAAAUAUAAAAAUAGUUCUUCAAAUUAUGGAAAAAUUAUAUACGAAUGAGAUGGCAGUUCUAUAGGUGACAACAUUAUGCAAAUCAUUACCCAUUGACACAUUUUUGUUUUUAGUGUUAGUACCUAAUAAAAAUAAGUGAUGAUGAAUUAAAGAAUAAUUAGGUGUAAUUAUCACAUUGUUUUAUUACUCCUAGUUGGUUUGUUUAAUCAAUAUAUAAACUUUUUCCAUAAAUAGCUAACAUUGCAUUUUGUACUUGUUCCAUAAUAUGUGUGUAAACCUCAAUCCAACUUGCACUAUUUAUUUCAUUAAUUCUCCGUUUUAGGAAAUUUACUAAUAUAUUUAAAUUAUCUAUUUUUCUUUCAACAACCAUCGUCCUCAUAUAUUCACAUAACAUGCUGACAUCGCAUGGUAGAGGAGUUUGCUCACUAUCAAGCCAAGCUCUGAGCAAUUCUCUAACUUUUUGCCAUGAAAGACCCAAUAAUCCUUGCCCUUUUUGGUCUUCAGCUUCAACUUUGUCACAUACCCUUUCUUUAUCUAUUUCAACUUUUUUUACCAUUGGAUCUUUAUAUGGAAUGUCUCUAAAAGGAAUAGUCUGUCCUUGAAGAAACUUAUUCAUUAAAUUACGGGAAGUAGAUGUGUUACAUUUCCGAGGUCUCCCUCGCCGUCUUAUUGGAGAUCUAGCAACUCCUAAAACAGGUGACUUUUGCUUUAAAGGUGAGACAAUUAAUGUCUUCUUAGGUGAAGUGACGGACUUUAGACUACCAAGUACACUUUUAUAAUCUAUUGAAGUUUUAUUAUCGUUUCCUGCAUUAUUGUCAUUUACAGGUUUAUGAGAAGAUAGAAAUUUACUUAUAGCUCCUUUGUUUUGGUUUGCAUUAAUAGUUUCCAAUUUGGUUAUUUGUAUCCCUAUACCCCUCAUUUCUUUCGCAUCUAUAUUUAUUUUUUUAUAUAAGGAAACAACUUCUCUAGCUAUCACUUCUGAGCUGUUUGUUGCAGUUGUAAGAGAUGUUGAUUUAUUUAUAAUGUUGCAAAAUCCAUGACCCAUAAAUUUUGCUGUUUCCACAGGGGCUCGUUCAUCUCUAACCAUAAGCUUUAAUGUUAUACAUUUUCCUAAUACUUUGAAUUGUUGCAUUCUUGUUUGGACUUCCAUACACAACUGUUUUAAAAAUUCCAAACAUUGUUCAGUAUUCUCAAAUCUAAUGCCAUAAUUUACUUCUGCUGAUACUGAUUUUCGGAUUGUGUGGUAUGACAAAGGGUUGGAAUCACGACCACGACAUUGAUCAAACAACUGAGCACCAGUUUUAUUCCCUAAAUGAUGUUGUAGUGUUACAAGAGUUAAGUUUUGUAAAGAACCGCAUGUUUGGUGCCCAAGAGAUUCUAACUUAUAAGCAGUUUGUCGACCAACUCCAGGUAAGUCUUUUAGUUUUAUCCCCACCAUGAAAUCUUCGACUAAAUCUGCUGUUAAAAAGAACUGCCCAUCUGGUUUUGCUUUUUUUGUGGCUAGUCUAGCCUGAAGACGAUUUCCACCGAACCCUGUUGAACAUGGACAGCCAGUUUUUUCUUUUAUUUCUGAUCUUAAACUGGUUGCAAAAUCUUGAACACUCAUGUUAAUAUCGUUAAUGAGUUCAGUGCAAUCAACAUACAUUUCAUCACAUGAUACUGCUUCUAUGUCUAAUGUAUAUUGUGCAAUGGUAUCAUACAGAGUAUAAGCAACUUCUUUGUAUCCUUCAAAGUCAUAUGGUAUUGUCUGCAAUUCAGGACACAAUCUUAAUGCUGGCCCCAUAAACAUUCCAUUACUUACACCUUUAGCUCUUGCUUCAUAUGAACAAGAAGCUAUUUCACUCAUAGACCCAAACUUUGCACCUUCAUCACCAAUAUUGUCCACUCUACUUUCAAUCUUGGUCCUUUCAUUUUCACCAGGUUUGCUAUAUUUCUGAGCAUAUUUUUGUUUAUAAAGAUUGAACUCUGUGUUCCUAUCUACUCCCUGCCUCUUAGGAUGUGUUUGCUUACCCUUGGAAUGGGUUACUGCAACAGGUUUGCCCCUAAGAUCUGGUCUAGUACGUAAUCCAACUGAUACAAAAAAACAAUCCAUAUCAAUAUGCAUUAUAAUUUUUCCCCUUUCAAAGUAUAAUUGUGAGCUGUUCAUAGGUAAAUGUAGGGAAAGAAAUCUACUCUUUAAUUGAGUACGAGCAGGAAACAUGAAUUUAUUAUUUUCCCGAAGAUCAUUUACAUAUUGCUUAAAACAAGCACCUAAUUGAGAUAUGUGAUGUAAUCUAGAGUUAUUAUAAAACUCUGAUAUAAAAUUAGGAUCGGCUGCUGUUUUUAUUAGAGUUUCUACAUUCUUUGAAUGAUUUGUUGGUAUGUUUUGUUUCAAAAUGUCACUCUCAUUAAUUUCAUCUGUAAUAAAUUGUUGUUCUGUUAAACAUUUGACAUUGUGUUCUGAUUUAGAAGUAUCACCUUUACUUUUAUUUUUGAGGAAUUCAAUUUUCCGUUGUGUUCUCGAAUGUCUGAAUAAUAAGUAAUCUUUAUAAUCAAGUAAUUUAUUAGAAGCUAUACUGUCAGUUAUCCAUUCUGGUUUAACAACUUUUGCUAAAGACAUAUUUUUUACUUUUGUAUCGGGUAAGUUUGAAGCUAUAACAAAAUCUUCACUUUUCUGGUAAAUGUGGUAUACACCACCAUGUUUAGACAUAAGAUCUUUAAGCUCGUCAGCUGAAGGAAUAGUGAAUCCAUUGACAUAAAUGCUUACCCCAUCGAAGAUUUGACUCAAUUUCUGAUCGUUACCAGCUCUUUGGCAGAAUUGUUCUUCCAAUUUUGCAAUCUUUGCCUGCAUAUAACCGCCCCAAGCCUCAAAACCAUUAUCUGGGAACUUUUCGUCUCGUCUACGCAUUGCGGGAGCUUUUAACAAAUUUUUUCUUAUCAAUCUUAGCAAAAGACAAUUAUAUGACACUUCAUUUAAAUAGCUAAAUACUUACACUUUGACCUAUUUUGAUUGUGAUUUUAAAGAAAACAUGUGUACUCUGUGCAUGUGCACUGCAAAAAUAUAGUAUACCUAUUAUAGGUCAGCACAGGGGAGAGGGGAGUGUAGGAAAAGCGCCAUACGAAGUUUCCUAACCAUUUAAUUAAAAUCUUAUAUCCGGGCCUGGGAUUGUGCAAUCUAAAAUAAAUAAUAAAAAUAUAUUUAUUCUAACAAAGCAGAAUGAUUUUUUUUGGUACUUUAUUUCGUAAAAAUUCUAACAACUGUAAAGAAAAUUAUCAUGGCACCUAAACCAAUCCUCUAUCUUUCAUGAAAGUUUCACCGUUUUAAAGAAAGUAAAAUUCACAUUACGCAUAUUACACAGCCAUAAAAUUUCUUUUAAGAAAUAAAACGUCAUAAAUUAAAAUAAAGACAAAGGGAUCUUUGUUC